AUGGCGACCUACGUAGAAGAGAUGCACAAGCACUUCCAAAAUUUUGGAAAGACCCAGGAAUACACUGCACAUGCUUCGAAGGUUCACUCGGUUGCGUGGAGUUGUGAUGGGAGGAAGCUUGCAUCGGGUUCAUUUGAUAAAACUGUGAGCGUCUUCGUUUUGGAUAAAGAUCGACUGAGUAGGGAUCACCAUAUAUAUCGUGGCCAUGGAGACAGCGUUGAUCAGUUAUGCUGGCACCCAUCACAUCCGGAUUUAUUCGUCACGGCUUCUGGUGAUAAAAGUAUCCGGAUAUGGGAUGCAAGAUCCAAUAAAUGUGUUGCCUCUGUUGCCACAAAAGGUGAGAAUAUAAACAUAUGUUGGAGUCCAGAUGGCCAUACGAUAGCAGUCGGUAAUAAGGAAGAUCUAGUGACGUUUAUUGAUGCCCGUUCACAUCGUAUCAAAGCUGAAGAACAGUUUAAAUAUGAAGUCAAUGAAAUUUCAUGGAAUAAUGACAGUGAUUUGUUCUUUUUGACAAAUGGACAUGGGUGUAUAAAUAUAUUAAGUUAUCCAGAGUUGAAACCUCUCCAGACAUUAAAUGCCCAUCCAGCUAAUUGUAUAUGCAUUGAAUUUGAUCCUACUGGUAAAUAUUUUGCUACAGGCAGUGCUGAUGCUUUAGUCAGUCUUUGGAAUGUAGACGAAUUAGUAUGCGUUAAGACGUUUUCCAGAUUGGACUGGCCUGUAAGAACGCUUAGUUUUAGCCAUGACGGUAAAAUGUUGGCUUCAGCAUCAGAAGAUUUAGUCAUUGAUAUUGCAUAUGUUGAAACAGGUGAGAAGAUUACGGAUGUUCAGUGCGAGUCGCCGACAUUUACCGUAGCAUGGCAUCCUAAACGACCUCUCUUAGCAUUUGCAUGUGAUGAUAAAUAUGACAGAGAUAGGGAUGCUGGUACAGUGAAAUUAUUUGGUUUACCAUCAGAACCGCAGAAUACAUCGCGAGGGAGUUAGGGAGUAUGCCAUACUUAAUAUGAUGCUGGCACAGUGAAAAUUAUUUGGUGUGUCAUGAGAGGAGUAUGUUUCAAAGUUACGGAAUGUGCUGCGAUACAGUAUUUAUAACACUGAUGGGGAUGCUAAAAUUGUUUUACUAUCAGAAUAGUGUGCAUUUCAAAGGCAUGUGUUAUUCUAAGUAGUGACCAAUUUCACCGCCCACUAAUAUGUGAUAUGGUAACAAGAACCACCAAUAUGUGUUUUGUUAUUUUUAGAAUUUUUGUGUAGUCAUCAUCUCAGUUUAUAAUAAAAUUUUUAUGAACA